AUGGUUGCUGGCGUGCUGACCUGGUAGCGCAAUCUGACAGAUCGCGCGUGGAGCUUCUCAAAUAAACCAUUUGCCUCUAGUCUCACACCGCGUCCACCAUGGAUAUUCACCGGUCGCGCUUCGUGCCUUUCCCGCCGUCUGCGAUCAACGCCCUCGCAUUUUCGCAUACCGAGCCCGAGCAUGGCCAGCAGGAACCUGAGUCGCUGAGGCUCGCGAUCGGACGCGCAAACGGUAACAUCGAAAUAUGGAACCCAGCAAACGGUGCAUGGCUGCAAGAGAAGGUCUUCUACGGCGGCAAGGACCGAAGUGUGGAAGGACUUGUAUGGACACAGAACCCGGACCGGAGGGACACGAAUGACAAGCUUGUACCGGGGCGUCUGCGGCUGUUUAGCAUCGGUUACUCGAGCAGCGUUACGGAGUGGGACCUCGCGACCGGUCUGCCAGCGCGACACUCGAACGGCAACCACAGCGAAGUCUGGUGCAUUGCGGCACAAUCGAGGGCAAGGAGCAGCGCUGCUGGAGGCAUCAACGAUGCUGGCUCUUACCAGAAGCUUGUAGCAGGUUGCGCAGAUGGCACACUGGUCCUCCUCUCGACCGAAGAUGACGACCUCCGAUUCGAACGAUUUGUCUCCCGCGCCUCAACGAAGAAAGCUCGUGCUCUGAGCGUCGCAUAUAAAGAUCACGACACUGUGCUUGCUGGGUUCGCAGAUAGCAUGAUUAGGGUCUUUGACACGAGGAAUGGCAACGUCAUCAGGAAUAUCUCGCUGGGCAGUGGACCGCACGGUGGACCGAAAGAGAUUUUGGUCUGGAAGGUCAAGUGCCUUCCUAACGGCGACUUCGUGUCUGGCGACUCUACUGGCGAGAUCAGAAUCUACAGUGGCAAAAACUACAGUCAGAUGCAGAGGAUCUCGGGUCACGAAGCAGAUGUCCUGGAUUUGGCAGUUUCGCGGGAUGGUACAGGCAUGUUCAGUGCUGGAAUGGACCGCCGAACCUGCUUCUACACUAGCAAGAAGUCGCAAGGGAAGAAGGGACAAAACGGAAAUUGGCGCAAGGUAUCUCACCAGAGGUACCACGAGCACGACGUCAAGGCCAUGACAACAUACGAAGGCAACAAGAUCAGCGUUGUCGUUUCUGGAGGUAUCGAUACUCAACCCAUCGUCGUCCCUCUCCGUCAAUUUGGUCAAGAGCUCAGCCGUGGUCUCCCAGCACUACCCUCGGCUCCUCCUCUCGUCAGUGCUCCAGAAGCGCGACUUCUUGUUAGCUGGUGGAAUACCGAGGUCCGCGUCUGGCGCGUUAAGAGCAACCACGAUGGCACAGAGAAGCCAAAGGUCGUCGCGCGUCUGGCGCUUCAAGGAGAGGAGAACAUAACAUCGGCGUCAAUCACUCAAGAUGGCGAGCUUCUCACCGUCGCAACAGCAGAAACUAUCAAGCUUUUCCAGCUGAUUCGCCCACAACCAGGAGCUGGAUCAAGUCUCCGAAUUCGCAAGAUCGAGCUGCCUGACAUCGAAGGUGCCAGGAACGUGCGCCUGACAGGGGAUGGCAAGUGGCUUGCUGCGGUCACCGCAACGAAUGAGGUCAGAGUCGUCAGGAUCAUCAGGCCCGAGGAUGCAGACGAUUUGCCUCGCCCUCUUGCUAAGGUUGCGCGCCUCCAGCGUAUGCCUCGCGAGGACGCGAGGGCAACACCCCUGACUGGCGAGCACGGAUCUUAUGAACGUUCCAUUAAUCAUGCAGAGUUUUCUUCAGAUGGCAAUGUCUUUGCUGUUACAGACCUCGCAGGCUAUAUCGACACGUGGGUCAUCGAAGGAAACGAGGACUCAACCGCGCCCGAAGUGGACAUCGACGACUCCGCUUCGGACGCUGCCGAGGAUGAAGAUUCUGACUAUGACGACGAAGAUGGGCCAAAGGAACAGAUCAUAUUCUGUGGCCAGCGAUGGAUACGUAAUCCCUCCGGCCACUUGUUGCCCCGUCUCGACUCCACACCCACACUGCUAUCGUUCCAACCCAGCACGGACGAUUCUCGGCCACAGCCGAAUGGUAACCCUGCGGUUCAUCCCACAAGAUCGAACCCUCACCCCCACUCGCGAGAGGUGCCGACUACGGAGCACAGGCUACUCGUCACAUCUGCGAAGCACCAGCUAUACGUGUUCGAAGUGAUUGCAGGUCGCCUGUCAGAAUGGUCAAGGAGGAAUCCACCUUCAAGCUACCCCUCUGAGUACCGUAUGCUCGAUCUCCCUGCCAAGGGCUGUGUUUGGGACGUGUCUUCAUCUCAGCAGCGCCUGUGGCUGUACGGCGAGAAGUGGCUGUUCAUGUUCGACCUGAGCAAAGACUUCCCGAUUUCCGAACCUGGCUCCAAGAAGCGCAAGCUCGAUGCAGUGACAGAUACACCGAGAAAGACUAACAGUGGAGCUGGCGACAUUGUCCCCUCGAAGGAGAGCACAGUCACGAAAAUGCGCAAGUACAACGGCGCGCCCGGCAAGGAUGCAGGCAAGACGAACUGGCUGGACGUGCACGUACCCCGAUUGAACGCACUCGACGAUGACGACGAGGGCGAGUCCCAACCACUCGCAUCACUCCGACGAACGGCGACGCAAGACGAGCCGGCUAAUGGCAACGUGCACACUGGCGGCGAGGUAGCAGAAGUGGAGCAAAAGACGAGCUGGUGGCAUACGUUCAAGUAUCGCCCAAUACUGGGCAUGGUGCCUGUUAGCGGCGAGCAGGGGCAGCCGCUCGAGGUGGUUCUUGUCGAACGGCCAUCGUGGGAUCUUGAUCUGCCGCCCAGGUUCGUCGGCGCGCAUGAGACGUAGAAUGGUCUUGCCCUUCGUAGAAAAGUUGCAUUGUAUGGCGUUGAUACCUCCAAUCGAACUUCAUUCGACAU